AUGCAAGCUGGGGAAGUCUUUGCAAUAGAGGAAGCCGGGUUAGAGCCACGAUAUGUUGCCAUCGUUGACGACGGGACGAUCGCUGUCACCAGUUAUGGCAGCCAUCAGGUCAUGAUUUAUAGUGGAACAGAUGGGACUCUACAGAAGACGUUGGGCUCGAGAGGAAAUGGCGAUGGACAACUUAGCUUUCCGGUCGGCAUUGCGAUCGAUUCGCAUGGACGUUUUGCUGUUGCCGAUUCUAGAAAUCAUCGAGUGCAAGUUUUUGCCAAGGAUGGGGGAAUGGCGUGUACAAUGGGGCGAGAGGGCAAGGGGGAUGGGGAACUCAUGUAUCCUAUGGGAGUUGCUUUCGAUGGAAAACAGAACAUUUUCGUGUCAGACUGGGGUAAUCAUCGGAUACAGGUCUUCGCAGCGGAUGGUACCUUCCUCAGGACAUUCGGGAAGGCGGGAGAUGGCAAUGGGGAACUUAACGCCCCAGUUGGCGUGGUUGUAGACAAGAGCGGGAGAAUAGUUGUGUCUGAUUGUCAGAACAAUCGCCUGCAGGUCUUUACUGACGACGGCGACUUCGUGUGCGUUUGGGGGCGGCAAGGAGAGAGCGAAGGGGAAUUCAAUUGCCCCAUGGGUUUGGCAUUGGAUGAGGCGGGAAACAUUGUUGUAGCGGAUGCUAAGAAUCAUAGGCUGCAAGUACUUGAUGCCAACGGGAGGUUUGUGCGAUCAAUCGGUUCUAGUGGCUCGAAACUCGGUGAGUUGAACGUGCCGGGUGGAGUUGCCGUCGAUGAGAGUGGAAAUAUCGUUGUGGCUGACUGCAAAAAUCGGAGGGUGCAAAUAUUUGCUCCCGUGCCCAAGAGGCAAAAUCAUCGAGUCUGA